GGAGCUAAACAAAAUCCUAUUCAUUUUCUUUUUCUUGGUGGGAUGAGUAAUUUCUUUCAUAAGUCCUCCAUCUACCUCCUGACACUACCAAACCACAUGAAUGCAGCUUUUAAUGGACGUGUAUUAAUGUAUUUAGCGACCUCCCUUAUUUAUCUCUCUGCCCUGAGGCCCUGACAAGAUUCAUCUCUGGAAUGGUAUUAGGCUCCAUGAAAACUAACCCACUAUGGAGAAAAGACCAACAGCCUUCUCUUAUACACAUAAAAUCCUCUUGUUUGUGUGGUUAUGUCAGGCUUCCUGUGCAAGUGCAGACCUCACAUUGAAUUUCUACUCAACUUCAUGCCCUUCUGCUGAGCUUGUGGUCAGAAACACAGUCAGAUCAGCUUCAAACAUGGACCCUACUGUCCCGGGGAAGCUCCUACGCUUACUCUUCCAUGACUGCUUUGUGGAGGGUUGUGAUGCCUCUGUGCUUCUACAAGGAAAUGGAACUGAGAGAAGCGAUCCAGCAAACCAAUCUCUGGGAGGGUUUUCAGUUAUUGAUUCAGCAAAAAGACUGCUUGAAAUUUUCUGUCCAGGAACUGUUUCUUGUGCUGACAUUGUUGCUUUGGCUGCUAGAGAUGCUGUUGAACUUACGGGAGGACCCGUGGUUCAUAUUCCAACUGGUAGGCGAGAUGGGAAGGUUUCAUCAGCUUCAAAUGUCAGGCCUAAUAUUGUAGAUACAAGCUUUACAAUGACUGAGAUGAUAAAGCUCUUCUCUUCUAAAGGCUUGUCUUUGGAGGACCUUGUAACCCUCUCAGGAGCUCACACUAUAGGAGCAGCUCAUUGCAGUGCAUUCAGUGACCGGUUCCAAGAAGACUCGAAAGGAAAAUUCACAUUCAUUGACACAUCUUUAGACAACGGCUAUGCAGAGAAGCUCAUGAAACAGUGCCCUCCAGGCGCAAAUCCAUCUAUAACAGUCCAAAAUGAUCCUGAAACUUCCUUUGUGUUUGAUAAUCAUUACUACGGCAAUCUCUUGGCCCACAGAGGGCUGUUUCAAUCAGAUUCUGUCCUGUUCACUGACAGUAGAUCAAGCAAACAAGUGAAGAAUUUUGCAGAAGACCAAGUUGGAUUUUUUGAGAGUUGGGUUCAGUCAUUCUUGAAGCUUACUAGCAUUCAUGUUAAGACAGGUGAUGAAGGGGAAAUUCGAGCAUUUUGUCCUACAGCUAAUGCAUGAAUUAGGGAUAGUAAAUUUAAAGUGUUACUUUGAUAUGCAUAUGGUUAGAUUGUAUUGUCCAUUAGAGGGGUUUUUCUGCAUUGUUUGCUUUUUCUGGCACUCCUUUCACAAGACCAGUAUAAAAUGUCCUUUGUCAUGCGAGGAGAGAGAGAAAAUUGAAAUGGUUGCUAUCUAUCAUAGGGAACAAAGAAUAUGAGAGAAACCCAGGACACCCAGCCGGUACUUCUACCUGAAAUGCGUAAAGUUUGGUGCUUUGAGGUUGAAGAUGUAAAGGGUUCUCAGAGAUGGAGGGGUGGGUUCACAGGCCACUCGUUUAUUGUAUAUUUCUUAUUUGCCCAAAAUAAUUGAGACAGUGAGCAGUCAUGUUUAUCAAUUGUAUAAUUUGGUUUUUUU